AUGCGGGAGAAGGACCGAGACUUGAUGAAAGAGACAAGUUCUGACUCGGCAAAGAGCAAUACUGUACCUUCAGAUAGUGCUGAGCGUACAAGCACAGUGAAGCGGAUGCUGGCUUGGUACGUAUCAGCCGAGCAAACACUGUUCUCUGCAGCGACUGCGGUUUAUCGUCAGUUGGUGCUGCCUGUGGUGGUGAUUCUCGGCUUUUUUCUCGUAAUGACGGUGGUAAUUGCGAGAUAUAACGCCAUGAAGCAAGCGAAACGCAAUCGGAGAGUCCUGUAUUCUGGAUAUCCGAAAAGUUAUCGACGAACGGUGAAGCAGCAGCAGACACCGGUAGUAGGCGGUGAGCCCGAUCUUCGACCUCGUCUACGUCGGUCGUUUCCAGGACGUGAUCCAAAUGGAUUUCUUGGGGAUUAA